AUGUCUACUCUAGAGACUUAUGAUUUUCAUACUGCGUUAUUGACAUUCUACAAGGGAGUGAUGCCGGGAAUAAAAAUGCAUAAGUCCUUGGUCAAAACACCACCCUUUGACAUGAGGGAGGUUUUGGCUCGAGCCGAUGGAAUCAUCAUACUAGAUGAGGAGGAGCUUGCUCUGUCAAAGCGCACCGCCGCAAGCAUUUCAGCACUAAAGCACCCAUAUGAGAUGAUCUAA